UCGUACCCGGUACCCGAUACCCGAUACCCGUAGCCGUGUGUCGAACAAAUUUUCUGCGCGUACACGUCUCACAGAGAUCGCGAUCGCAAACGCUUUCGCUUACGCCGCUCAUCCUCAUAAGUCGUCAAAUCGUCGCGAAAAUUUUCAAAUAUUUACGUAUUCGUAUGUAUAUUCGUUUACGGUACUCGAGUUUUUCAUAUUUCGUUUACGAACGCGCGCGAAAAUCCGCCAAAUCGCGCUACGUACGAGUCCAUCCGCCAACUUACCCCUACCCUUCUGCCUGCCGCCUACCUACCUACCAAACCGAUACCUAGCCAAGUACCGCAGUUAGGUAUCCUUCAUCGUAAAGUGUCGGUGUCUUUUUCACCUUUUUUUUUUCGUGUUUCAUCGCGUUAUUGUUAUAAUUAUUGUUGUUGCUGUUGCUGUUUGUGACUAGGCCUACAUACAUCGUACCUAUAUGACCUACUACGGCUUUAGUUCCAUAAAAGCCAGCCCGAGCUCGAAUCUCGUCUGGUGAAUUCGCCCAGUAGUUAGGUAAUUGUGCAGUUUGCUUUACUAUAUCGAUAUCGCGCCGGCUACCUAUAAGCUUUCAUAUCCAAGAAUAGAAUAUAGUAAUCGUUAGCAGCAAAAAUUACUGCGAAGAUAUUGGAAUCCGUCGGUCCGGCGUUAAAACUCGGUGUGCUGCUCGUGGACGUGACGCAACUUUGCUCGUAUAUAGUUUUUUUCAUCGUCGUGGUUGUGCUGCUUUUUUCAAAUUUUUGGUUUGUCGCGAAAUUUCGUACAUGUUUUACUUCAUUCGGAGCACGUGAUCAUCUCACAUUUUCAACCAAAUCAAGAACCACACCAUAGUAUCCAGAAUACUCGCGUAAAUACCUCUCAACUACCUCGAUCUGUCAAAUUCAGCACCACUCGGAACUUUUUCUUUGAUACAGAGUAUCAUCAUCUUCGAGUAUAAACAUCGAACAUCAGCAUUAAUUCGUAUUCACAUGUGGACCAUUUCUACCUAAUUAGAAGACGCUCCAAGUGCGAGUAUGCAAUGACUUACAGUGCCACUGAACGUUUCAUGUGGUCAAACGCGCUCGCUUCAGGGUGCAACCCAGAAGGCGAACUGGGUUUUCCAGCGUUCAGUAGCGGAGGUUGCGGCACCACACCUUCCGGAAUGUCACCUUACUUGAAAAGUGGUCCCUAUGUUAACGGAAUAGGAUUAAUGGAUUCGUUACACAAUUCGAUCGGCUAUCCUCCCAUGGGCAAUCCGAGAAAACAACGCAGAGAAAGAACCACCUUUACCAGAGCUCAAUUGGAUGUUUUAGAAACCUUAUUUUCAAAGACUCGUUACCCAGAUAUAUUUAUGAGAGAAGAAGUAGCAAUAAAAAUUAAUUUACCAGAAUCUAGAGUUCAAGUAUGGUUCAAAAAUAGACGAGCGAAAUGUCGCCAGCAAGUUAAACAGCAACAACAUCACAACGGCACCGAAAAAAGCUCGGCCCGAGCGUCGUCCAGUCAAACGUCGUCCAAGACGAAAUCCUCCUCGGCAGGCUCCAACAACUCUUCGUCCAUUUCGGUGGCGGCCGCAGCCGUCGGCCAACAAGUCAACAGUUUGUCGAAAAACUCAAUUUCCAAUGUAACGCCGACCACCAUUCAAAAUAAUAUUCAACACCACAACACCAGUUGCAAUAGCAAUAAUAGUAACGCUAGUACAAAUUCGUCGGCAAGUUCGCCAGCGGCUGCGGCUGCGGCAGCCGCCUCCAGCGGUUAUAUUAAGCCUCCUAUCUUAAGCGCAACUCCUCCUGUACCAACGGCCUAUUCGGCAGCCUCAAAUGCAACUAUUUGGAGCCCGGCUGUUAUUGAUUCGUGUAUAGAACCUCAUCACCAUCGAACGUCCGUCGGCACAACCGUCGCCUCGAGUGGUUAUCUGAAUCAGAACAGCAACACUGUCACCGGCAGUUCUACCAAUUGUUACCCGUCACCUCAUCAUCAUCAUACGCAUCAUCAAAAUUAUUCUUCCUAUUAUUCCAACGUCGACUAUUUAGCACCUACAACUACUGCCAUGCAACAUGUUCAUCUUUCUAAUGAAAACGGUAUCGAUUCUUCGUGGGUUAAACAAGAGGAACGUCCUUGGUUCAAUACAAAUUACCCAGAUUGGGGCCGUAAAUAACCAAAUUUAUUUUAUCGAAUAUGUUGACGACUGAAAUGAGUGCUAUACCUUUAAAGUUAGAGAUUCGCAGAGGAAUAAUAUGGACAACUGUACUCGUAUUAUGUACCUACUGUACCGUGUACGUGUAAUGUAUGUGUACCUAGAUAUGUUAUGUGAAUAUGUGCAAGCUAUGUAAUGUACAAGCCGCUGCGCCGCACCGCCGAUCACAAUUUGUAAAUAGUGGUAUUUUUUUCUUCUCUCUUUUUCUAUCGUGUUAUAUUUUCAUUUUGUUUAUUUGUCUGCCUGCCUGUGUCUGUCUAUUGUCUCUAUUCUUGUAUUUUGUUUGUUUGUAAUAUACUCGUAAGAUGCGGUUAUGAAUUUUUGUCGCGUUACCUGUUCGAUGACGAUGAAUAUCGAUAUCGUACGUUCUUUUGAUUUUGAUUGAUGUACUCGUCGUAUACGUUACUCGUAAGUGUACCUGCGCUGUAAUUAGUAUAAUCGCAUUUCUACAACGUUGGCGACUUAGCAUUAACUACUCGUAUGUCGAUGUUGUGGGAAAGCU